AUGUUCCGUGUUUUAAAUGCGCUUAAGGGUGGUGGAUCGCCCAAAGUAUCUGAGCUAUCAGGCGAAGAGAGAACGCGAUUUAUUCUUCAACAGGCCCAUGAUUUUGAGAUAGCUUUGCAGGCGAUGGAUUAUGUCUUAGAUGACAAUGCGGAAGCUGGGUUGCAACUUCUUGCAGAUAACGCUGCUACAAGUCCUGGUGAUAAGACGGUCGGAGUGUUGGCCAAAGGUGUGAUUGAAUUUUUAGAGGCCACUUUGGGUUUUGAACCCGAAGUGAUGAAGAAGGCUGCCAAUACCUUAGGACAAGCAGAGCAACUGUCUUUAAAGAGCAGAGCCAAGCAGCAGAAGCUGAAUAUUAAGACAAGCUCACUCUACCCUCCAGGCACGGAGUAUGCAGUGACUUAUACUGAAUCAUGUCUUCUACAUGCUUUGUUAAUGUUGUUUAGCGAAUCUAUGGUAGAAGGUGCAAAGGCCCUUUUCAAGCUUAGAAAAGCUUACCACAUGCUGCAAGACAUACUAAGAGAGAUAAAUGCCGCAGAGAAGAAGCUCUCGAGUGCUAUUUAUUUACAAAAAAUCAACGAAUCAACAGCCAGUUUUAUCUCCGCCGAAUCGUCGUUCACCUCUUACGACAUCCCAUACAAGCUCACCCCGGAAGAAGCUCGUGAUAAGGAACUAUUGGAUUUCGCGAACACCGUAUAUUCUUUGAGAAAGAAGCGUUUGUGUGGGGCACACAUAGGAAACUCGCCAGCCAUUAAUAGGUUGAGAAAAGACAUUGGGAUGGACUCUUUGAAAAGUGAGAAAGCAGAACACGUUGAUGAAUACCACUUAAUAAAUGACGAAAGCGAUGCAAAUCAGGCUACAAUGGACGAGUUCAUCCAUUCUGGUGUGAAUUUAUGCUUUGGUAUUCUCCAGGUAGUCCUUUCUUUGAUCCCUCCAGCAAUCGGCGCUGUGUUAUCGGUAGUUGGUUUCCAUGGUUCUAGAGAAGAAGGUCUAAGACUUGUAUGGAAGUCUACCAAGUACAGAAACAUUCAUGGUGGUAUCGGAUUGCUCGGACUACUAUUCUAUUAUGAUGGACCCUUCCAAUUCACUGAUGUUGAUUUUGAUAUCCCAGCAGCAAAGGCAGAUGAACCCAUCCCUAAGGAAGAGAUGGAUCGUGCAACUCUAUUGCAUCCAGGGAAAAUCCUUACAAAUGCGUUAUUGCAGGCUAGAGCUCUCUUCCCAAACAGCGCCUUGUGGUUACUUCAAGAAGCUCGGAUGCUUUCUAAAAAUGGCCGUCUAAAGGAAGCAGUAGACCUGUUAGAGUCCAUCGAUCACAAUUCUAUUCAAAUGAAGCAGAUAAAGGCUCUCAUCGUUUUCGAAAAAGCCAACACUUUGGUAUUUAUGCAUGAAUUCGAGAAAGGUGCAAAAUAUAUGUUACUGAUGUUAGAUAUUAGUGAUUGGUCCCAUGCUUUAUACACUUAUUAUGCUGGUUGCUGCUACCUUGAAAUGUAUAGAAAAUAUGACAUGGGGAUUUUGAAAGAAGAAGAGGGAGACGAGAGAAAAAUGUGGUUCAAGAAAAAAGCUACCGAACUGAUCUUCGACUCGGCCAAAAUUGUUGGAAAGAAGAAAUUCAUGUCUAAAGUUUUGCCUUUAGACAGAUUCUUAUUGAGAAAAGUAGACCAGUUCAAGAAGUUCAGCACAAUGAUUAAUUCGAAUGAUCCAUUAGAUAGUAUUGGUGUUUCGCCAGUGCAUGAGCUAAUUUAUUUGUACAACGGAUUCAAUAGAAUGACAACCAAAGAACUUGAUCUUUCCUUGAAAUCACUAACAGAAUACCACAAUCCAACGAUUGACCUAAAGAAUCCUGAUCAAGAAUUGAUCACCAACGUUUUAACUUCUUUAAUCAUGAGAAGAACUGGUAAAAUCCAGGAAGGGUGUGAUUUGUUGGAUAAGAAGGUAUUACCCCAAUUGUACACCAUGCAAGGUGGUAAAGUCAGAUUCAUCAAGAAGACGGAGGACCCAUGGAUUUAUCCAACUGCUUUCUACGAAAGGGCGUUGUUUACCUGGAAACUUAAGGGCGUUGAUGGUUUGAAGGAAGCACAUGGGUGGUUAGACAAAGCCCAAAACUACCAAGAUGAUUAUGAGUUAAGUACGCGUAUUGGAAUGAAGGUUAAAGCCGCUAAAGAUAGAGUUGAAGAAUCAUUAUAG